GGCAGAGCCACAGUCAGAGCUGGUCAGAGCUGAGUGCAACACAGUUGUCGGCCUGAUACUGAGAAAUAACUGCUUUAAAUCAGCCAGAAGACGCUUCAAAAACCCCUCAGUAGCUCAUUUCAGUUCACUGAUCAGAGCUGUAAAAGAGCUGAUUUGACUUUUUAGAGAGGUGAAGAAGAGAGAUUAAGAGAGACAAGAGGAGGGCGUGACAGGGAAGAAAAGCCCAGCAGGCAAGCUGCUGCUGCAAGGGGAGGAAGAGCAGGCUAUGCAUCAGCCAAAGGCAGAGGUCAAGAAAAAACGUGCAAGAAUAGUGAAAAGGUAGACUCAGAGCGAGAGGAGGGUCAUUUUGUGAUCUGGAGGGGGGAAAAAAAAUCAGAAACCAGCCUCUCUUUGUUAUUGUUUGGGCCACUGAGCAAAGGGAGGAGGAUGUGAAGGAGAGCAGCGAGGAGGAAGGGAGGCGACUGCAAGAAAGACAAGAAAAAUGCUCUCAGAGAUGAUGUGCAGGAGGAGCUGCCAGCAGCAGCAGCAGCAGCAGCAGCAGCAGGAUGGAAAAGGGGCUCCACAGAGGGACCCCUCCAGCCGCAGAAAGCACGGCUGGUCCAAGAGCUGCAGGGGGCGCCUGCAGGGACGGAGGACAGGAGGGGGAGGGUGGCCAAGAGGGCGAAAUCACCACCAACACCACCAACACGCUCAGCGUCAUCAUCCUCAUUACCAUCAUCCCCUUCACCUCCAGAGGCCGGCGAUGUCCCUCCGGCCUGUCAACGUCAAAGGGAACAGAGCGAGGGGGAUGCGAGCGCCCAAGAACACCAACCAGUUUCUAAUGCACGAAAAGUACCAGAUGCUGCACAUGCGCUCCGAUUCAGUGGGGAGCGACAGUGGCAGCAGCUCCGACAGCGACAUGGAGCUCACAGACAUGGACUCGUACCUGGGCGUCCUGGAGAAUGCCAGGGGAGCCCUCUUGGACAGUCCCAACCCACACGGCUCAACGACGCCCCCGGGGCAGAUCCUGGUACUGCACGAAGACAGUCUGCGUCUGCAGGAGGACAGUCUGCGUCUGCAGGAGGACAGCCUGCGUCUGCAGGAGGACAGCAUGCAGUAUUUCCCCUCUGAGGACGACCUGAUUCAGAGCCAGAACUUCAUGCAGAGGGACUUUGUUGAGUUCUGUGACAUCCUGACGUCCUGAAACUUUCAGGGUGCCGUUUUGUUCUGGGCAGCGUGAAACUCAAACCUCAGACUGAACCAGGUUUGUUCUGCUUCAUGUUCACGGAAGAAAACUGAAAGAAAUCUCCGUCUUAUCAAGUCAUUUAGCCUUAAAGUCUUACAAACAUGCUCGCAGGGUGAGAUGAUUGCACCAGUUUCUUGCAGAAAUCAACUUUUUAAACACAUUUUUUUAAAAAAGUGUUUUCUUAAUACUCCAGAAUUUUGAUGUGAUCUGCCUUACUUUGUCUUUUUUCAAGAUACUGGCAUUGAUUGUUCAGUGAGGAAAGUGAAAUUAUCUCACCCUGUUGGUAUUUUUCUAGAUUUAUUGAAUGUAAGAUUAAAUGACAUUAUUAUAAGAAGGAUGUUUUUUUUAAACAGUUCAUGUUUGGUAGAGUGUGUCUGAUGCUGUAAAGUGCUGCCUUUUUUUUUGUUUUGUUGUUGUUGUUGCACACAAAGGGAAAUGGGCUGGGUGGUGGGAGUGAGCCCAAACAGCCAAUCGGCAUCAAGCUGGCUACAUUACGCUGCAGCUGAUUGGCCGAUGCAGACUGUCAUUAACACAAAAGCCCUUUACUGUACAAAAUAAAAAGAUAAAACCUAAAAAAAAUAUAUAUAAAUAAAUGAUUGAUGUAA